AUGAAUAAACUUAAGGCAGGAAGAACUACUGCAGAUGGAAUUCCUAUCAAUUUUGGAGAUGAUAAAUUUAAAAAAUUAUGGGAUUAUUGUUCUAUGUAUUUGUCUAAAGACGUCGAAACUAUCAAAAGACAAAUUGCAAACCAUUUAGAAUAUACAUUGGCAUGUAAUAGACUUGACUUUAGACCAUACGCUAUUUAUCAAGCUGCUGCUUAUUCAUUAAGGGACCGUAUGUUAGAAUUUUGGAAUGAUACACAAUCAUAUUUUACUGAUGUUCAAACUAAACGAGUUUAUUAUAUGUCUAUUGAAUAUCUUAUUGGACGUUCUUUAAUGAAUUCCAUUUGUAAUUUGGAUCUUGAAGCACCAUAUACUGAUGCACUUAAAUUCUUUGGAUCUUCUAUUGAAGAAUUAUAUGAGUAUGAAGAAGAUGCUGCUCUUGGAUCUGGAGGACUUGGAAGACUUGCAGCAU